AUGGCGCAACUUGAGCCUUACAGAGGGGGUUACUACCUCUGGGAAUAUUUACCAUCAGUCCCAGCAGCUGUUAUCUUCCUCCUGCUCUUUCUAGGGGCCACCAUCUACCACUUCUGGAAAAUAUGGAAAAUGCGAGCUCGGUUCUGUCUCGCCUUCGCCAUUGGAGGCAUAUUUGAAGUAAUCGGAUAUGGUGCACGGGCUGCUGCUUACAACAGAACUGGAAAAAUCCUGCCUUACUGCAUCCAGAAUGUGUUCAUUCUUCUUGGCCCGGUUCUCUUCGCCGCAUCAGUGUACAUGACCCUCGGCCGCAUCAUCCGUAGUGUCCAAGCCGAACAUCACUCGCUGAUCCGAGUCAAUUGGUUGACAAAAGUCUUUGUUCUGGGUGACGUGCUCUCCUUCGUGGUCCAGGGUAGCGCAGCAGGUCUGAUGGCGACCGGAUCAAACGCAGAGAUGGGGAAGAACAUCGUGAUUGUCGGCUUGUUGAUCCAAGUUAUCAUGUUCGGGCUGUUUAUUGUGACUUCGAUCGUGUUUCAAAGACGUAUGCAUCAGCAUCCAACGGCCCAAGCAUUCGACCUGGCGAUUCCCUGGAAAUCCCACUUGCACACCCUCUAUGCAGUCAGCUUGCUGAUCAUGGUUCGGUCUAUAUUCCGGGUAAUCGAAUAUGCCAUGGGCCAGGACGGGUACCUGUUGAGUCACGAAUGGCCAAUGUAUGUCUUCGAUGCAUUACUGAUGUUCGCUGUCAUGGUGAUCUGGGGGGUAUGGUACCCGGGAAACCUCAACCUCCUGAUACAAAAGCCUGCCUCAGACACCAUGAGCAUGCACAGGCUUGAAGACAGUUUACGGUACCCAUAG